CUUGCCAACUGUAGCACAAAAAGUAGGCAAAAACACAAACAAGUGAUAAGCAACUGUGCUUUUCUGCAACUGUAAACAGGUUGCACAUAAAUAUGCGUAUAUAGAGAUUUGCAGACUUUGGCACAGGCGUUGCCCGCAACUUUUGACAUUUUGCAUUUAGUUGUUGUGCGUCUAUAAUGGAGUCUGUGAAUAGUGAUCUGCAGCGGGAGCGAGAGUCGGCAGGCAUUUCGAGCGAGGACUUUGCUGUUUGGUGGGCAGGUGGACGGGACAAGCUGCAGCAGCGACGCGCUGUGGAGCGUUACUUUUUCGAUGAUCCCGAGUUCGACGAUGCAGUGCCACCCAGCUGCAUGUCAUACAAGGAGCGUUACGAGCAUUCGAUAGCUAAGGGCACCAAGUUUGUUGCCAGGCUGCGCCAGUGGCAGCGCGAGAAUGGCUAUAAUGAGCAGAGUGUGAAUUUGAAAGCUGUGCAUGACUUUCGGCUGAUGCUGUCUGGUCCGCUGGGCACAGCGCUCUUUCAGCAAAGCUUUCCUUUGCGCCUGCACUUUGGCAUGUUUCUGCCCAGCAUACUUAACCUGGGCACUGAGGAGCAGCAGCGUACUUGGCUUGAGCGCGCCUGGCGUAUGGACGGGAUUAUUGGCACCUAUGCGCAAACGGAACUAGGCCACGGGAGCUUUAUACGCGGUCUAGAGACACGCGCCGACUACGAUGUCGCAAGCGAGGAGUUUGUGCUAAACACGCCCUCACUCAGUGCCUACAAAUGGUGGCCUGGCGGAAUGGGUCAGACAGCCAACAUGGUGGUGGUGCUGGCGCAACUUUACAUUAACGGCAAUCAUCAUGGUCUGCAGCCGUUCCUUGUGCGCAUACGCGACGAGCAGACACACGAACCUCUGCCCGGCAUUGAUGUGGGUGACAUUGGACCCAAGAUGGGCGGCAAUGGCGUCAACAACGGCUUUCUGGGCUUGCGGAAUGUGCGCAUACCGCGCCAGCAGAUGCUCAUGAAGCACGCCCAGGUGAUGGUCGAUGGCACAUUUGUACGAAAGGCGAAGCCACAGUUGGUCUAUGGACCCAUGGUCUUUGUACGCGUCAUGAUUGUCCGAGAUGCUAUGUUCCAGCUGCUGCAGGCAGCCACAAUAGCUACACGCUACUCUUUGGUGCGUCGUCAGAGUCCCAUUGAGCCUGGUCAGGCGGAGCCGCAGAUUUUGGAUCAUCUGACGCAGCAGGUGAAGGUGCUGCCGCAGAUAGCACGUGGCAUCUGCUAUCGCCUGGUGGCCGAUGAGCUUUGGCGUUUUUACAACGACGUGACACAGUCGCAAUCCACGCAAGCGCAGCUCGCUGAGUUGCAUGCGUUGAGCUGCUGUCUGAAGUCCGUUUGCACGGCGGACUCCGCCGAGGGAAUCGAUAUGCUGCGCAAGUGCUGCGGCGGCCAUGGCUACCUGGCCUCGUCCAAUUUUGAUAGCAUCAUGGGAUUGGCCAAUGCCGCCUAUACCUAUGAGGGCGAGCAUACUGUGCUGCUGCUGCAGACGGCACGUUUUCUGCUGCACAACUAUGAGGAUGCACUAAAGCGCAGAGUAAUGCCCGCCAGCAUUACCUAUCUGCGUCUGCCCGUGCGCCAUAGUUGGGGUAACAAUCUAAUGGAGAAUGCAGUGCGUGCGCUGGAGAUAAGUGCAGUCGAGCAGUUGCGCGACGCUUGGGAAUGGCUGAGACAGCAGCGCAAGCGCGGCCAAACUCUGGAGCAGGCCACCAAUUUGUCUGGGCGACGUCUAACCGCCGCAGCUACGCUAUAUGGCCACGCCUAUCUGACACGCAACACACUGCAGCAACUCAAGCAGCUGCAGAAGCUUCCCAAGCUGGGUGAGAUCUUGGCGCAGUUGCUGGAGCUUUAUAUACUGGACAGCUUUUUGCGUCAGCUGAGCGCUAUUCUGCGCUGGCAGAGCAUCAGCGCACGCCAGGUGCAGCAAGUGGAGCAACGCUUUGAGCAAUUGCUUACUCAGCUGCGUCCCAAUGCUCUGGCCAUUGUGGAUGGCUUUGACUUUGAUGAUCGCGUGCUCAACUCGACGCUGGGCGCUCACGACGGGCGCGUUUAUGAGCGUCUGAUGGAGCAGGCCCGCCGCAAUCCGCUUAAUCAGGAGUCGGUGAAUGGCAGUUAUUACACACAUUUACAGCCACUGCUACGUGGUAAGCUUUAAGCAUUAACAAAAGCCAU